ACAUCACAUCCAGGCAGGAGCAACUCACUGGCUCGGCAAUGCCCGAGAGCGUAUGCACUGCGCCGCGCAACCGCCGGUCCUUGCUAACCGGAACCCUUCAACGCGUCGCAUUCCUUUGCAUUGAACCGUUUGCAGCGCCCUGUGGCACCAUCGGACCUGCGACGUUCUCGCAGUAGAGGCGGCGGUCCGGAAUGUAUGUCAUGGACGACGUUCCGUGCUAAGGCACGUUGCUAUGCAAUCGCGUCGACAUCUUCCAAGACCAGCUUAAGGUUCACACAUUACCUCCACGGCAACGUCGUUGUGUUUAUUGAAUCUACACCCACGCAUCUCAGGACUGCGCCAUAUAUUGUCGAAGACCGUCGUUGCUGCGACCGCCGCUCGACUUCCGCCUGGCCCAACGGCCUCACGUUCGCGCGCCGUCCUCGUGUUCUCCGCACGGACGCCUCGGGCACCACCCUCCUGCACGCUGUCCGAACAUUGCCUCGUGUUGUCAGAGGUUAAUAUUCCGGAAACAUACACACUCAGCAUCGGGCGUACGCCCCCAGCAUCCCAUCUUUACUCCGGGGCCUUACUCGCGAUCGCCACCAUGCAGCUGCUCAGUUUACUCAGGGUGUUCAGGCCAGGCAGUGGACGCGGGGACCAGGUCGAGACCAGUUGGCGCUUCUCCCACCCUGUUUCCGCGACAGCCGAACCUCAAGAGGCGCAGAGCUUUAUGUACCACACUCGCAACGUGUCGCACUCCAUAUGUCUGCUAUCCCUGGAUGGCAGGUCGAUGCUCCUUCAAGCCGAGUCGGUCCCGGCGACGAAAGAGGAGACGUUGUCGGAAGAGGACAUGAGAUUGAGAGUGGAGCUCAAGGACUGGCUGCAGGCGAUGGAGUUUAUCGAGAACGCUUCCGACGGAGAAGUGACGGCCCUUCUGGAUCCUCCUUUGCCUCCGGAAACGACAUUGGAUGACUUCGAUCCCCGUGAACUUCAGGGACAAUCCGAAGAUACCUUUGCUCAGCUCUCACAUAGCUCCGGGACCGAGCCGUCCUCGCCGACCUUCAUCGACGCUGCCCGUCACCACCGCCGCUCAACUACCCUACCGCCAGCCGCCAGCCAACUCAUCAGGCGGGAAGUCAGCCGGCUGACCGCCCUCAAUCGCUUCUCGUGGUUCGCUCGCAACCGCCGGAAAUCGACAAGCUCAUCCUUUGUGGGGGGCGUAGACACCACCGAAGAUGGCGUGCUCGUUUCCGCCCCUGUAGGCCGCACGGAAGACGACUCGCAAGUUACUGUGCAGGUAGGACUUGCCGAAGGACAGGUACA